CCCAUCUUCUCUUUCAACUUUCAAACAAACAAUCCACCAGAACCAACAAGAGAAUACCGUUGUACUCACUCCAAAAUGUCCCCAAAAGUUAUUAAACGUUGCUCUUGUGGUGAGAAGUUGAAGACCGGCAAGGCUUGGUCUGACCACAUUCGCGAUUCACCAAAACACAAUACCAAUCAUUUCAUGAGAAACAGAUUGCCGAAGCCUUGGAAUUUGAAAGCAGAGCUUGCGGCCAUGGAAACCAAUCCAGAAAGCUCCACCCAAGUGAAUAACAUGCCGAUCACCGCUGUGGCCAGCUCUACCCCAUCAGUUUCUGAAGCAGCAACUACACCUUCGAUUCACUGUACUGCAAAAGAUAAAGGCAAGGAGCCUGAGAUCAUUGAAACCACCAUCGAAGAAACACCAACGGAGAAGCUCGAGAAAGCUAACGCCAAGGUGGAGGAAGUCCAGAGUCUUCACAAUAGACUGAGAGCGAAGCUCAGCGAACUUCUCCAAUUCGAAAUCACGAGUGAGCUCAAGGCAGCAAUCAAGAGAGACCUCGAGGAUGACAUCAAGGCGGAAUUCGGAGGCGAUCUGAAGAAACUCAAGUCUGAGAUGAUGUCUGAUCUCAUCUCAGAGAUCAAGUCAGACUUCAAGAAGGUCGUUAAAGAGGAGAUCAAGAAUGAAUUCAGAAUGACAGUCGCAUACCAACUCAGCAGCAAGACCGAACAGAAAAUAGAGCCCAUGGACGAUCUGAAGUCUGAACUCAAGGCUGAACUCAAGAUCGAACUCAUGGAGGAAUUCAAAAACAGCAACAAGUUCGGAUCGAGCAAGAAAUCCGCGGAGAAACUAAAGAGGGGUUGGAGGGUACCUAGCAAGAAAGCCGCCCUGACUGAUGAUGAUCUCGAUCUGAUUGGGGAUCCUAACCCAGCUUGGAACGAAUUCAGAAACAGCAACAAGCCUCAGUCAACUGAGGAAUCCACGGAGGAACAGAAGGGGGGUACGGAUAUACGCAACGAGGAACCUGCCCUGACUGAGGAUGAUCUCGAUCUGAUCGGGGAGCCUAACCCAGAUUGGAUUGAGCUGUAGUGCGUAUAGUCGCGAGAUGAGGGCUUCCACAAGUUGUUAUCGUCCAUAGAUACUUUGCUUAUAAUUGAGAACGAUUGCUCACCGAGA